CACACACACAAAAGCUGUUCCUCCAGCUCUGUGUCCAAAAAUCCAAGAAAUAAUAUCAUGGCAGAUAUAUUAAAAGCAGAUCAACUUAUUGAAUGUGAUGAAGAAGCAGUAUUUGACAAAGAUGGAGAUGGCUGCAUUACAAUUGAAGAACUGGCGACUGUGAUUAGAUCAUUGGAUCAAAAUCCAACAGAGGAAGAACUGUAUCAUAUGAUUAGUGAAGUUGAUGCUGAUGAGAAUGGAAUCAUUGAAUUUACUGAAUUUUUGAACCUCAUCACCAAGAAAAUGAAGGAGACUGAUGCAGAGGAGGAACUUAAAGAAGCUUUUAAGGUUUUUGAUAAAGACCAAAAUGGUUACAUUUCGGCUAACGAUCUGAGGCACGUGAUGAUUAACCUAGGGGAAAAACUAACAGAUGAAGAGGCAGAGCAGAUGAUUAGAGAAGCAGAUUUGGAUGGAGAUGGUCAAGUCAACUUUGAUGAUUUUGUUAAAAUGAUGACCGUUGGAUAG